GACUUUUUACUCUUCCCUUUUUCUCCACCGCAUACCUUUCUCUCUCUCUCUCUCUCUAUAUAUAUGUCUGUAUGUAUGUAUGCAUGUAUUAGAAUCAAAGCACAGGGCUAGGUUUAUACCCACCAAACCAAACACCGAAACCAGAUCCGCACAGGGGCGACUUGAACCGCAGAGAACAUGGCUGUGUCAACCAAAACGGCAGUGUUUUUGGUCUUCGUCAUAGCAGCAGCAGUUCCUCUGCAGAUAGCAAACGCAGAAGAUCACGACGUCGGCGACGAUACCGAUUGGCAAGUCCCCAACGACGUCAAUUUCUACGCCACUUGGGCUUCCCGACGAACCUUCAGAGUCGGCGACACUCUAGAGUUUGAAUUUACGACUGGAGCUCACAAUGUUGCGGAAGUGACAAAGGCAGCUUUUGAAGCCUGCAACACUUCCAACCCCAUCGCCGUUACGACCACCGGACCGGCCACUAUCGCCCUUAACGCCACUGGCGAACGCUUCUUCAUUUGCACAAUUCCCACUCACUGUACCAGAGGCCAGAAACUAGCAGUUAACGUUGUCAGUGCCAAUGCUCCCCCCACCUCCGCCCCCACGACCCCUACUACUCCUGGAACACCCAAUACAACUUCGACUCCACCGUCGCCCAGCUCGGCCUCCUCCCUCUCCGCGGCUACUUUCUUGGUUACCUUCCUGUACUCUGUUAUAGUUUUGUUGUGUUAGGAGUUUAUUUAUGUCAGCAUAUAUAUAUAUAUAUACAUAUAUAGUCCUCGUCUGGUAUUUAAUUUACAGGGUUGUUGUACUCGAUGUUGUUCAUUGUAUCCUGUGGCAUAAUAAAUUAGAGGUGUUUUCAGCUAUGGAGUUUGAAUUAAUGGAGUUUGUUUUACAACUCCAGCAGUAUUAUGGACUUGUGGUUUGUGA